GCCCCAGGGGCCCCGCGCAGGCCGCCGCGCCGCCGCUCCGCCGAGGGUCCCGCCGGGGAGCCCUCCGAAUUCUGCCCCUUCGGCUCUCCGCGCGCGCCUCGGACAUGCCAGCAUUCGGGAGGAUACUCACUGUCACCAUUCUGGCCCUCUGUCUGCCACGUCCUGGGAAUGCGCAGCAACAGUGCACGAACGGCUUUGACCUGGAUCGCCAGACCGGCCAGUGUUUAGACGUGGACGAGUGCCGGACCAUCCCCGAGGCCUGCCGAGGAGACAUGAUGUGCGUGAACCAGAACGGCGGCUACCUGUGCAUCCCUCGGACGAACCCGGUGUAUCGAGGGCCCUACUCCAACCCCUACUCGACGCCCUACUCGGGUCCCUACCCAGCAGCCGCCCCACCGCUCUCAGCUCCCAACUACCCCACGAUUUCCAGGCCUCUCAUCUGCCGCUUUGGGUACCAGAUGGACGAACGCAACCAGUGUGUGGACGUGGACGAGUGUGCAACGGAUUCCCACCAGUGCAACCCUACCCAGAUCUGCAUCAACACCGAAGGAGGGUACACCUGCUCCUGCACCGACGGAUACUGGCUUCUGGAAGGCCAGUGCUUAGACAUUGAUGAAUGUCGCUAUGGUUACUGCCAGCAGCUCUGUGCGAAUGUUCCUGGAUCCUAUUCCUGUACAUGCAACCCUGGUUUUACCCUCAAUGAAGAUGGAAGGUCUUGCCAAGACGUGAACGAGUGUGCCACGGAGAACCCCUGCGUGCAAACCUGCGUCAACACCUAUGGCUCUUUCAUCUGCCGCUGUGACCCCGGCUAUGAACUUGAGGAUGAUGGUGUUCACUGCAGUGAUAUGGACGAGUGCAGCUUCUCUGAGUUCCUCUGCCAGCACGAGUGUGUGAACCAGCCCGGCACGUACUUCUGCUCCUGCCCGCCAGGCUACAUCCUGCUGGACGACAACCGCAGCUGCCAGGACAUCAAUGAGUGUGAGCACAGAAACCACACGUGCACCCUGCAGCAGACCUGCUACAACUUGCAGGGGGGGUUCAAGUGCAUCGACCCCAUCCGCUGUGAUGAGCCUUACCUGCGCAUCAGUGACAACCGCUGCAUGUGUCCUGCCGAGAACCCCGGCUGCCGGGACCAGCCCUUCACCAUCCUGUUCCGCGACAUGGACGUGGUGUCAGGACGCUCCGUUCCCGCUGACAUCUUCCAGAUGCAAGCCACCACGCGCUACCCUGGGGCCUACUACAUUUUCCAGAUCAAGUCUGGGAACGAGGGCAGAGAAUUCUAUAUGCGGCAAACGGGCCCCAUCAGUGCCACCCUGGUGAUGACGCGCCCCAUCAAAGGGCCCCGGGACAUCCAACUGGACUUGGAGAUGAUCACCGUCAACACCGUCAUCAACUUCAGAGGCAGCUCCGUGAUCCGCCUGCGGAUAUACGUGUCGCAGUACCCGUUCUGAGCCGCGGGCUGGAGCCGCUGACACUGCCUGUCACCAGCGCCACAGGACAGGAGGAGAGAGGAAGCGAGAGGGAGGAGGAGAGCGAGACAGACGUGACGCCCUUCCUGCUGAGCGUGGCCCCGAGGAGUCAGCCCUGGCGUCCUGAUCCCCCCUGCACCGCCGCAGACCUGUCACCCUGAAGGGCACCCCGGGCCCCGGGUCCUAUGGCGCAGUUACCCCAAAGCCUUGUUGUUGGCCCCGGAUGUGAGAUCACCGGCGGUUCUCGGGGCCUUCGGUCCAUUUCCAUAUUUUUCAAAGAAAAUAGGUUAAGUCUGCUGGGGUUUGAGUCUGCGUUCAAAGACUGUGAACAGCUUGCUCCCCCUGCUUCCGUGCCCUCUUGCUGUCCUCGCUGUGUUGCUGCUUCGCAAGUGCCCCCAGGAGCUUGUGGGCCACACUGGCUGUAGCUAGUUUGCUUCUUGCCUGUACCGAGGAGGCUGUGGAAACAAACCACGGCAGGAGGUUAAAGACCCGAUUUCCAAACCAUGUCUGGUAUUUUCCACCAUAAAAGAAGUUGUAGUUGUCCUUAAAUGUGUAUAACUGUUUAAUCCUUUUUUGUUUGUUUUAAAUGAUUCUUUUUUUUUAAAAGUGAGCGGUAGAAUUCUUCCAGGAGGCUUCAACACAUAUUAUGUUGUCUUCCCACACCCUGUCUACUCUUCAUGUUAGCCCCAUGUUUUCUUGGCGACCCCCUAAUCAUGCUUUCUUUAGAGUUUUUAUCUAACUGGGUUGGAAGGCGGAGGUUUCCAAACCGAUUAAAUAUUUGAAGAGA